GAUUCCUGGUACGCUAGUCUAUACGAAAAGUUCCGUAAUGAGAGAAAGUCUAUUAAAGAUGACCCGGAAGUAAUCCUCAGGAAAAGAAAGCCCAAAGAGAGUUCCAAAGAGUGUGUGAAAGCUAAGCUUCGCAGAGGAGCCAUAAACUGGGAGCCACCCUUUCCAGAGGGUGAGGAUGAGGUGUCUCUACAACGACAUAAAGAUUUUAUGAAGAGUGAAUUUGAAAAAAGGUCUCCAGAUUGGGCAAAGAUAAGCAAACGAAUGGCACUGACUUUCCCCAGCAGACGGAGACUAAUGAAUGACAAUAUGAGCAUCAAGGAAAUAAAAGAACACUACCCUACUCUAUUUAAGUUUGAACAGAUACUGGCUGAAUUUGAAAGAAUUUUGGGUCUAAAUUCAAGUGUGGUGGAUUCAUUCAGGUCUAAUUUUCAGCAAGUCACUGACCCGAUUGUAAAACUAGGAAAGACAAAAAAUAAGAGUAAAUCAAAAGAAGAAAUCCAAACGUUCCUGCACCUCCUGGAGGAUGAUGAUAAUGACAUGAACGAAGAUGAAUCAGAACCAACAAUUGAGGAACAAGCUGAAGUGGCCAUGGCAGUACUGCCAUACCUUCUUCUGCCAAAGUCUGGCCUUAUUUCAACAGAUGACUUUGUCCAUUUCGUAUUUGAAGAUGAAGAUAUUGAUGAGAUCGUGAAGAUUUCCAACAAGCCUUUUCCAAGAAUUGUAUUUAAAGGGCAGCUAAGUUCCCCCGACGCUAUCUAUAUAAUAGCAGAUCAGCAAGUGCUAUGCAGCUCAACAAACACCACUCUGUUGGAGGCCACAGUCUGUUUGAUGGCAUGUUACUAUGUGUUCCUUUAUGACUAUCCAAGUGGCCUCAAUAACUUCUAUUUGUACUUGCAAAAGUGCAUAUUGCAACUUCAGGAUGGGAAGAAGCUACCAUCCACAGUAAUUAAUUUUGUAAAUGACAUUGAUGCUAUGUCAAAGAUCUGAAAAUGUGAUUUUAUAAUUACUUCAAUUGAAUGAUAACUUAAUUAUACUUCAUGUGUGGUUGAUAUUCAACCAAUUGCAUAUACCUGUACACAAUAUAUUGAUUUAUUUCGUAAAUUAUUGGGCAAAUGAAAUCUAGGGAGUGAAUUACAAUAAAUGGUCCAAAGCUAUUUGAAAAAGUACUGUUCCCUUGUAGGGCAUAUUGUUCAGAUGGAUUAGGGGUAUUAAUGAAAUGGUAUACCUGCAUCAAAGGAAUUGCACUUAUUUAAAGAUGGCUCUAGACUAUGUAUGGUAAUUUACUCUGUAGAUUUCAAUUGCUUGAUAGUGAUUUGUAAAAUAUAUUAAAAUAUUGCUUACAGUGUAUUUUGCCCUUGUUUGAAUGCCUGCAUCAUGUGAUCAAUGUUUAGAUUAUCAUUCAAUCUUUUUUUUCAAAACCUAUUACAGCUUAUCCAAAAUUAAAGAUUAUUUAUGAUUAU